CUUUUGAGGCUCUCCGACCGGUGAGAAUCAUCUCCUACAAUCUUUGUCAAUACAAAGACUUCCUUUCACUGGAGAGGCCAACUUCCUCUUCCUCUUUUUCUCCGGUGCAUUCUCUUCCGCCUCCCGUUUGCCCCCGCGCAGGCCACCGCCGGGCGAGUUUUCUUUUCUUUGCCCCCCCUCUUCUCUCCAUUAAUCCUCCCCACUUCCCCAAGAAUCUCCCACCCCAAUAAGCCCUGACGCCCCUCUCCUCUAAAUAACCUACCUCGCUUCCUCCGACCGUUGACUCCGUAUCGCCGUUUUAUUUUCUCCCAUAUCUCUCUCCCUACAGACUGCCCUUCGACGAUGACCAUGACGACGGAAAUGGUCGGCGGGCAGAGUGACGAUGUGCAUCAGCAGCCUGCAUACAUCGCUCCGGCUCCGAUCGGCGACUACGUUUUCCCAGAACUGCGCUUGAAGGGCAAGAUGAAUGACCCGGAGAAGACACCGCUGUUGCUCGUGGCUUGUGGCUCCUUCUCGCCCAUUACAUAUUUGCAUCUGCGCAUGUUCGAAAUGGCGGCCGAUUACGUCAAGUUCAGCACGGACUUUGAACUCAUCGGCGGUUAUUUGUCGCCCGUCUCGGAUGCCUAUCGCAAGGCUGGUUUGGCUAGUGCGGAACAUCGUGUUGCGAUGUGUCAAUUGGCCGUCGAUCAAACUUCCGACUGGUUAAUGGUGGAUACGUGGGAGCCCAUUCAAAAGGAAUACCAGCCGACUGCCGUCGUGCUGGACCACUUUGAUCAUGAGAUCAACACUGUUCGGGGAGGUGUGGAGGCCGGAAAUGGAACCCGCAAGCCUGUGCGCAUUGCCCUGCUUGCCGGUGCCGAUCUGAUUCAUACCAUGUCCACCCCCGGUGUUUGGAGUCAACAGGAUCUGGACCACAUUUUGGGCAAAUAUGGCUCUUUUAUUGUGGAGCGAAGUGGAACCGAUAUCGACGAGGCUCUAGCGAGCUUGCAGCCAUGGAAGGAGAACAUCCACGUUAUCCAGCAGCUCAUUCAAAAUGACGUGAGCAGCACCAAGAUCCGACUCUUCCUGCGGCGUGAAAUGAGCGUUCGCUACCUGAUCCCCGUGCCCGUUAUCCAUUAUAUUGAGCAGCACCAUCUAUAUGAGGAUGAUGGCACCUCGAAUGAGAAGGGUAAGGAGAGGCACGAGACCGGCAAGUCAGGGUGAUGCAACUUAACCGACUUUAACUGUAUGGCCAUCACGAACGAAAGAAAACCCUCCACCAUGAGCGAAGCAUGACCCUGAUAUGAUACCCCGGUUUGUCUCCCCGAGUGCCUGCCGCUUGCGAUGUCUGCCGCCGUCGAGGUCUUCUGAAAUUCCAGUUUGCAGACCCUGCAGUAUCUGUGAGCGCUUUUUGAUUGGCCGCGUCAGAUACACUGCAUGGGAUCGCUUGCUCGACGAGUACCCCAGGACAUGGCGCGCAGCAUGAGAGUUGAGACGAAUAAUGAUUGUUCUUUGGAGUUUUUGGCGUUUCUCAUGUUAUCGGGCUGGAAUUUUGCGCUUUAAAUCUGUUUUAGUUGCAUGCAAUUCAGCUGGCACCUGAUGGGUGAUGGUUGCUAUCCUCGCAGCUUUAUUGCCUAUCUUUUUCCAGGCUGGAUAUACGCGCAGGUUUUACUGUGCAUUGUAAAUAGCUGCUUUCUUGUCCCAUUUCUGCGAUACACUUUUUGUACAUACGAGGGCGUCAUAGAUCGAUCCUCUCUGGCUUUAGAUCUCCGGAACCAAGGACGAGGAAUACCACGAUCAACACUAGUUAUACUACUGCCAGUUCUAGGCUAGGCUAGACCAGGAGAACAUUGUAAUAAUAAUCACUAACGUAGAUUCAAAGCAG